AUGCUCAUGGGAUCACGCUUCAGCGAGGCCACAGGGCCUGAAGUUUUGCCAGAGGUCGAUUCCUCCGGAAAUGGCACCGCUGCACCUGAGCUUCUCCGCGGAUAUGAUGGUUUAGAGGUGGUCGCCGACGAUUUGCCUGGCUCAGGCGUCAAGACAAAAGCCGAGAAUGAGGCUGUACCGGCAAUUGAACUUCCCACGCCGCAGAAAAAUGCCAGAAGAAGGAGAAUAAUAUGGGUUGCGGUCGCAGUCGUGGCCCUGGUUGUGGUAAUAGUCGCAGCCGUGGUUGGCGGUGUUGUUGGGUCGCGACAUCAUCACAACUCCGCAGCGUCCUCGAGGUCUUCGAGUGCUCCUUCGUCCCCUUCUUCGACUCCUUCGUCAUCGUCGCCGAACUCCAUUGCCCGCAACUCAAGCAUAGCUGUAACCGGAUGGUGGGAAACUACUAGCCAAUACAACAUCCGCCUAUUCUACCAGGGAAAUGAUGGCCAAUUACGCAUGACCGGCUACAGCUCCAGCGAUGAUAAAUGGUCUACGGUAGCAACGUAUCAAACCGACCCGCCACCUAGGAUGGGUAGUCCACUUGCAGCUAGUUGUUACAAUUCCACAUUCUACUUCAAAGAUGAGGUCAAUUCCACCAGCAAUUACACGCAAAUCGAUAUAUACUAUCAAGGAAAAGAGGGCUUUCUCAACAAUUGGGCAAUCCAAGAGGAAGUAGCUCCCGUGCGGAAGACUACUGACACAAAAGGGACACUCUCCGCGCGAGCCUUAAGAGCAGGCAUGAACACGAGGCUUGCGGCACACUGGCCAAGCGUUAUCUUUCAGAACGGAGUGAAUGGAAUAGAAGAAGCCUAUUAUUCAAUACGCAGGUAUUGGGGUCACAACGUCUUGAACCUCUCAGCCGUAAAUCAUUCAGCACUGGCAGAAGUCCCUUGGUGGGGAUCCAGGACCGGAAGCGCCAAUUUCAUCUACCAACGAGGUGACCAGAAGCUUUAUGCGGAAUGGAGGCAGAAUGCUAGUGUAGACGCAGCUCCAGAUGCACCACCCGACAUUUCCAUCCCGCCUCAAGCAGCCAUCGGGGCAUUUGCUAUCCCCAAGACUGCUGGAGUGAUACACAGCCUCAUGAAUUUCUAUAUUCUAUGGCAAAAUGAUACUGUUCUCCAAAUGACCAAGAAUGACGAUAACAACGGGUGGCAGACUUCAUCAACUCCAGAUACUCUCGGAAGUCCCGACGAAGGAACUGAUAUAACGUGCCUUACCGCGACCGAUUAUGUUUGGACCCCUAUACAAUCCAAGUACGAUAUGGCCCGCUGUUAUUAUAUGGUGGAUGGAAAAGUAAGAGAGGUGAAGUACGACGGGUCGACUUGGUCUGUUGUUGGAUAUGUGCCAUUGGAUUGA